CAUAACUGACAUAAGCCUAGAAUUAAUGGUAGUGACUUGGAACCGACCUUUUCAGUGCUCGCCCUGAAGGGACGGUUGUGUUCUCGUCUUCGGGUGUUUCCGGCAAGCCUAAUCGUUGUCUGAUCUCGACAAAGCCCGCGGAUAUUGAUUGUAAAGAAUUAUCGAACAAUACUGGGAUAUCUGCGUAUAGUUCUGUUAUUUAUUUUGGUGGGGGUGUCGACUUGAGAGCCGCCAGCCCCCAACGCGUGUCACCGCCCUCUCCUCUGAUUGGCAUGUAUUAAUCAGCUGCUAUUGCAUUAAAAACCACCACGGCAGGAGGGCUUUACAUAUGUCAACACCACGGCACGGCUGCCUUCAGUGGAGCACGUUACUGCCACUGAGCAGGACAACAGAACCCUGACUCGUCCUCCGCCAGUCCGACCGAGUCUGUUCCAGCGUGCACACGUCCCGUCCUGUGUGUUCCCACCACCAGCGCACUGUUGUCAUUCUGGUCCCUCGGAGCAGAGGGUACGUCUUGUUGUUUGCCCUUGAGGCGUACUAGUCCGUGCUCCACAACGCCCUGACAGCCUGCCAGACCGUCUAGGUGGGUGGCGGUGGUCUCUUCUCUGCAAAGUUUGUCGCCAGUUUUCUGCCGCUGAAGAUGCCUCGGCCGGGUAAGGACAGCUACGGGAACGAGAAGCCGCCGUACUCGUACAUCUCGCUGACAGCCAUGGCUAUCCAGUCGUCCGGGGAGAAGAUGCUACCGCUGUCGGAUAUCUACAAGUUUAUCAUGGACAGAUUCCCGUUCUACCGACAGAACACCCAGCGCUGGCAGAACUCUCUACGUCACAACCUCUCCUUCAACGACUGCUUCAUCAAGAUCCCCCGUAGGCCAGACCAGCCGGGCAAGGGCAGCUUCUGGGCCCUGCACCCGAUGUGUGGGGACAUGUUCGAGAACGGGAGCUUCCUGCGGCGGAGAAAGCGCUUCAAGUCGAUGCCGAGGCAGCAGAAGAGUCAUGUGGUGGCUGCAGACGGCAUACAAGUCAAGCCCAUGUCUCACAUGGACGCGCCCCCCUCCGCACUGCUGCACGAACAGGCCAAGAUGCGCUUGUCUCAAAUGGCUCCCGGCACGCACGCACCUCUCCCCCCGCCACACUGUGGACUUCUCGGCGUUCCAGCUCAGCCGGUGACGACUAAACACCCGUUCAACAUCGAGAACAUCAUCGCGCCCGAGUGUAAACCCGCGUCCAUUCUCCCCCACCCCGGCCUAGCGCCCACCCUGCCCGGACACUGUGGGUACACGGUGUGCGUGACUUCUACAGGCGCAUGUACGUGGCCCGUGCACGGACUCUGCUCGACGGACUCGAUCACAGGGCUACCAAGCAUGGUUUUGGGACCAGUAGCACAUGUUAGUCGGGACUUUAUUUCUCAAGGAGUCCCACUCAAGACGUCAGGGAAUGCUCCCGCCAUACCCGUGCCAAUCAAGCCCUCGCCUCUCAGCGCCCUUCCCCCGCCCGCCGUCAGCCAAGCUUCGGGACCAGUUGUGCCAGUCGCCGUCAGCCUUGCUCCGGGCAGCCUCACCCCUCCCUCCGGCUCGUCCUCACCGGCGGUGCCGACCACAGUAGCCCCGACACUCGCCAUCGCCACUCGGUGAGACUGGGACAAAGACUCUAUAUCUAUUAUUUAUCCAUUCUCAGACAUUCAGAGAUUAUAAGUGAAAGUUAAGUUUCUCUACACGUGGUUUGUUCAAGGAAGAAGAAAAGCUGUUGUGAGUCAAUCUCCUUUUUUUGGUAUCGACUAAAGUGGGCAUUCACUGGAUACCGUUCAUUGUGAACAUGUACACUGUAAAAUGUAAUGAUAUUGUUGCAGAGUAUAAACUAUUUGUCUGCCUGAGAGAGAACUCUACAAAUAUUUGUAAAUUAUGAAGAUGCUGUACCUAUGAUGUGUGAUAUGAUGAGUGACUGUUGACUGUCUUUAUCCUUCUCGGAUCAGCGAUCAUGCAGAUUAAAACCAAACAACGUAAUGAAGUAAAACAGUAUCAUUUCCAUCGGCAGAUGGGAGAUAUCAGCUUACCAAAAUAAGGACCCUACAAGAUAAUUAGUAUCACAGAAAAACACGACUGCUGUUUUACGAGCUCCUUGUACCAGUAAUUGGUGUCAUUCUAGCAGCUGUUUCCGCAAGAAGCGUUUCGUUCUUUUUCCCCGUUUAUUACUGUUUUUGUCUAUUUUGAUCAGUAGGCUUUCCCGUGGAUUGUUCAAAGAUUGAUUACCCACACAGCUCACUCACGUCUUAUCUUGUUCUAAAAACUACAGUUUAAUUGAUUGGAUUAACCUGCCAGAGAUAGAGCUCUAUUGUUUCCCCUAUCUUCACAUCAGUGGUUAUUACAGGUUUACUAUAGCGUGUGGAACUUGUUGCUUGUGAGAAGCGUGUUAUUUUUGAUCUCGUAUCGUUUUAUUUGUUUAUUAAAACGUCAGGUGAAACCUA